UUCUCUUUUUCCGCCAAAUCCGACGCACGCAGCCGCUCCGCAUAUCACCAUCCGUACCGGCCAUUAAUCACACAUGCAACACACAGCAUACCUGAUAGUACAGUACAGUGAUCGUGAACUUGACGAGGCAGAAGAAUACUAAGCGCGGAUUGCGGGUCAAAAUGCAGCUUUAAGGCCACAGUCACAUCCAUCGCUGCAGCGGAUCCGUGUGGUGUCAUUCGCGCGGCACACUUAAUUAACCAGACAAUCACAAUAGUAUAACCUGUACCUGUAUAAUACGAUUGUCUGGCGCUGCAUGAGAGUCCCUGUUCCAGCCGGAUACCUCACACCCCCAUCUGAUUGUAUUGUGAUUUGCGUGCUGCCCGCGCUUUCCCUCCACACCAUCCCGUCGCCAGCAUGGGCGGGCGCGCGUGCGCAACGCUCCUCCUGCUGACCUGCGCCCUGGGCGUCUGCGCCGCCGUCAAGGCGCGCAAGAGCGCCCGCGCCUACUCCUCCCCGGGCUCCUCCUACAACAGCGUCUCCUCCUCGGCCUACGGGACGAGCAGUAACGAUAACUAUCAGGACAACUUCGACUACAUGUUCAACUCCAUGGAUAUUAAUCAAAAUUCCCAACAGCGGGUGAAAAUAGCGCUGCCGAAUCCGCCGGUGCCGCCGCGACCGCCCCGGCCGAUGCCGCAGCCUAACAUUGGCAAUUACGAGAAUGACCCCAACAAAAUGCCGAAGAUGCCGCGGCCGCCAUCACCACCCAACGGUUUUGGCCCGAUGGACAUCGAGUUUAUGUUCCCCAGCUACGAGCCCUCCGUAGACGACUCCUUCUUCGACUCGGACGCCUCCAACGUGUACAGCGACGCCUACAACAACAACGCCGCCUCCUCGGGCGGCUACGGUACCGGCACCGGGAGCGGCACGAGUGGCAGCUAUGGCAGCAGCAGCAACACCGGGACCGCCACGGGCGGUGGCUACGGCAGCGGAAGCGGCAGUGGAAGCGGCACCGGUACCACUAGCGGGCCCUACCUCCCGACCGGCAAGGCCUGCUCGCCCCGCACCCAACCGUCCGUCAAGAACGGCGUCUGCGUCAAUGACUCCCAAAUCGCCCAAAAAUGCCGGACCCUGCAGUUGUCACUGUCCUCUGACUGCGGACCCAGUCAAAAGUGCUGCUUUUUUAACGUCCCGUCAACGGCAACCACCGCCAGCCCCGGAGGAGGCGGGAAUGGCCCGACACCGGCGCCCGGAGGGACCACGCAGACUCCCGGAGGGUCUACGGCGUCCGGGGGAUCCGGCUCGACACCUCCCGCUGGCGGGGUGACGACGACACCGGGUCCGGUGACCACCACCCCGAUGAAUGGCGGUGCCUGCUCGCCGCUGAGCAACCCCACGGUGACAAACGGCGUGUGCUGGAAUCUAAACAUGCUGACGACUAACUGUCGCGGCAAACAGAUGUCCAAGUCCAAUCAGUGCGCUAACGGUCAGUUCUGUUGUUUUCUGAAUGUGCCGACACCGGCACCCGGACCGGGGCCGACGCCUAGUCCUAGCCCGACACCCGCACCGCCUUCCGGAGGUCCCACACCGGCCCCGCCGUCAGGUAGCCCGACACCGGCACCAGGACCAGGACCGACACCCAGCCCCAGCCCGACGCAGGCACCCGGACCCGGACCGACGCCCAGUCCCACACCGGCACCUCCAAGUCCAACGCCCGCGCCACCUAGUCCGACUCCGGCACCACCAAGCCCGACACCCGCUCCACCAAGUCCCACUCCAGGCCCGUCGCCUACUCCCGGACCGACACCAGCGCCUACACCCGGACAAACUCCGGCGCCUAGCCCAACACCCGGGCCAGGACCGGCACCAAGUCCCACCCCGACUCCCGCACCAACCUCGGGAAGCCCGACACCGGCUCCUCCUUCCGGAAGCCCAACACCCGCUCCGCCAAGUCCCACUCCGGCACCACCAAGUCCGACUCCAGGUCCGCCGCCUACUCCCGGACCAACUCCGGGGCCUACUCCCGGUCCCACUAUGGCUCCGCCGUCAGGCAGCCCAACACCAGCCCCGCCUUCCGGAAGCCCGACACCAGCACCUCCCUCCGGCAGCCCAACCCCAUCGCCACCAUCAGGCGGCCCGACACCCGCGCCGGUGACCACCACCUAUGCCCCGUACGCCGCCAGCCCGGCUCCCAACCGCGAGCAAGUCGGCAGCCGCGCCAGCUGUCAACCAUCCAAUCGCCCCGGGGUGACCGGCAAGUGUGUCCAGAAAUCCCAGCUGUCCUCCGAAUGCCGAUCGCUCAGUAUGACGAAGAUGGCGUCGGGAUGCGCCAGCGGGGAAAUGUGCUGCUUCUCCGCGUCGGAAGCCCCGACGGAGACCAAACAGGAACAGCCACAGCCGCCGGUUCAACAGCCAUCGAUUCAGCAACCACCGAUUCAACAGCCGCCUGUUCAACAACCCCAACAAGCAGCGCAACCGUCCGCGGAAUCCUUCGCCAUCAAACAGUGCCACCCCAACAGCAACCGCGCCCAACUUGGCCAGUGCGUCUCCACAUCCGGUUUGGCCAAGGAAUGCAAAGCCCGCGCCGCCGCCAAAUCCGAUGACUGCCAGGCGCGGGAAUGGUGCUGCAUCUUCCCGGAGAACGUGACCCCGGCACAAGCGCCGCAACCGGCCGUCCAGACCAUCGUUCCCGCCGACGUCCAGACCGUCAACAAGGAAGCGGUGGCGCCCGACAACCACGAUUCCGGCGCCGGCUCUGACGCGAACAAAAACCAGGGAACAGGCUCCGGAACCGAUGUCAAACUUCCGGGAGUGGUCAGUUGCACUCCGAACGAGAACCCCAGCGUCCACAACGGCAUCUGUCUGACGAUGCGCCAGCUCAGUGUCCAGUGUAUCGAAAAGAAAGCUUCCGUCUCCAAGGACUGCUCCUUCGGCCGCUUCUGCUGCUACGAUGACGUGGCCGGCGCGGACAGCGCGGCCGGUGACGCCAGCAAGGUCAGCGACACUGCCAACCAGGUGAACGGCGCCUCGGACGUCUCCAAGAAGGUGGAAGUGCAGGUCCCGACCGGAAAUGGUCAGUUGGUCGUCAGUGUCGGACAGGGACAGGGCGCCAGCGCCGCCGGAUCGGCUUCCGCCCAAUCCGGAAACCAGAACCAGGUGUCCGUGACCAUCGACCAGGCAUCCAACGAUAAACAGCAGCAACAGAACGUUAGCCCUCCACAGGUCGCCGUCAACGUCCAACAGCCGCCGGUGAACCUCCCGAACCAGCAGCCGAACGUCAACCCCCCGCAGGUGUCGGUCAGCGUUUCCCAAGGCGAGGAGAACCACAACCAAGCUCCCGUGAAUCUCCCUAACCAGCAACAAUCUAACGGGAACCCUCCCAACCAGCAGCAACCCAACGUCAACCUCCCGAACCCUUCCCAACCCGCCGUCUCCGUCAACGUCAAUCCGCCCGCCCAGGGCGGCGCCUCCGUCAGCGUGUCCUCCCCCAACAAGGACGGCGUCUCCGUGAUCGUGGCGGCGGUGCAGAUGCCGGUGAAGAUCUGCUCGCCCAACUCCAACCCGGCCGUGAAGGACGGCAAGUGCAUGACCAUCCGGGAACUGCGCUCCAGCUGCGUGGACCAGAAGGCCUCGCCCUCCAUGGACUGCGACAUGGGCAGCUGGUGCUGCUUUAGCGACCCCGCCGAGUCCAACGUCAUCGUGGAACCCCCGGCCGCCACCCAACCACCGCCGGUCCUGACCGCCGAGGUCCCCGCGACCCCGGAAGUGGCCAGCGGGGAGACGCAGUGCACGCCCAACAGCAAGCCGGACAUCACCAACGGCCUGUGCAUGCCGACGCGCGACCUGCGGGUGCGCUGCAAGAACCAGCGGGUCUCCAAGUCGCCGCAGUGUAAGAUGGGACACUGGUGCUGCUUCACGGACACCGGCGGACCGGCGGUGGCGGUCAACGAGCUGGGCCGGGCCAUCAAUGCGCUCUAAGGGGAACUGAAGAUGUAGAUGAGGAAGGGUUAGUUCCUGUUGUUUCCUAAUUGGAUUGGCGGAUGCGGAUGACUUUUCUGGAUGAAAGCGUUCUUGUUCUCGUUUGUGUUUCAUUUUGAGCAUUCAAGUUUCUGUUGUAUACACGUUGUGACAAGCGAGCUGUGGUUUUUUCUUACCCCCAUCGGAUUUUUUCUGUUAAAUUCCCGUUAUGCCUUUUAUUUUAAUAUUAUGCAAAUUGUAAUAUAUGUACGCGUAAUCUGUUUAUAACAGUGAUA